GUCGCGUAUUACGUGUACUCACUCGGUCUUCUAUUUGUCGGUACGAAAUUACGGAGAAAUUUGAAUUUAUAAUUACAGAGUACCAAAGAUUCGCGUUAUGUGAUUGAGUGAACGAAACCAAAAUUGCAACCAAAUUAUUACGUUUAAUUUAUAUAAAUAAUACGGGAGUAUAAAGUGAGUGGUAGUUUGAAUCAAAAUAUGUUUUUUUGAAAAUUGUGGUUCAAAUUUCCGGAAGUUGUGGAUUUGCAUUGUAACAGAGUGAAUUGUUAAGAUUAAUAAUAAUAAAAGUAUAAAUAUAAAUAUACGAUACUCGUUACAAAAGUAAAACCGGUUGAGCAUCAAGAUGAUGAAGAAAGAGAAACCUAUGAUGUCGGUGACGGCGAUAAUCCAGGGUACACAGGCUCAACAUUGGGCUCGUGGUAACACCUGGUUGAGUCUCGAAAGCAGCAAUAUGUCAAUGUCUUCAGUAGGUCCUCAGAGUCCUCUUGACAUGAAACCUGAUACUGCGAGUCUUAUGAAUUCUGGAAACUUCAGUCCUUCUGGUCCAAACAGCCCAGGAUCCUUUACUGUUGGCUGUCACAGUAGUAUGUUGAGCACUUCACCAAGUGGGCAAUCUAAAACAGGAGCUGGAUCACCGUAUCCUCCAAAUCAUCCCUUGUCUGGCAGCAAACAUUUGUGUUCAAUUUGCGGCGAUCGUGCUAGUGGCAAACACUACGGAGUUUACAGCUGUGAAGGCUGCAAAGGUUUUUUCAAACGUACAGUACGGAAAGAUUUGUCGUAUGCAUGUAGAGAAGAAAAGUCAUGUAUUAUUGACAAGCGACAACGUAAUCGUUGUCAAUAUUGUCGUUAUCAAAAAUGCCUUGCCAUGGGAAUGAAACGUGAGGCUGUGCAAGAAGAACGCCAGCGUACCAAGGAACGUGACCAGAGUGAAGUCGAAAGUACCAGCAGUUUGCAUACAGAUAUGCCGGUUGAACGAAUUCUUGAAGCUGAAAAACGGGUUGAAUGCAAAUUAGAGCAUCAGGGAAAUUAUGAAAAUGCCGUAUCAAGUAUUUGUACAGCGACAAACAAACAAUUGUUUCAAUUAGUCGAAUGGGCAAAGCAUAUACCACACUUCACAUCAUUACCUAUUGAAGAUCAAGUAUUACUACUACGUGCUGGUUGGAAUGAAUUAUUGAUAGCCGCAUUUUCUCACCGUUCAAUAGACGUUCAAGAUGGUAUUGUACUUGGCAAAGAUAUUAUUGUUAACCGAAGUUCAGCUCAACAAGCUGGAUUGAGUGCGAUAUUCGAUCGUGUGUUAUCAGAGCUUGUUACUAAAAUGCGUGAGAUGAAAAUGGAUAAAACAGAAUUAGGCUGUUUGCGUGCAAUAAUUCUAUUUAAUUCCGAAAUACGCGGACUAAAAUCAAUAAGUGAAGUUGAACUACUGCGGGAAAAAGUAUACGCAGCUCUCGAAGACUAUGUCCGCAUAACUCGGCCAAAUGAGCCAGGGCGCUUUGCUAAAUUACUGUUACGUUUACCAUCACUGCGUUCUAUAAGUCUUAAAUGCCUUGAACAUUUAUUUUUCUAUCGUCUUAUCAGCAAUAUACCAAUCGAUUCAUUCCUUCUGGAAGUUUUGGAAUCAUCUUCGGAUCCUUAGGAUACGGAGGUGUGCCGAGUACUUGGGCACACCGACAUGUAAAAUUGCAUAAUCAUUUUUUAUAUUUUAUUAAGUUAAAUUUAUCAAUUAUAUAUUCACCUUCACUUAUUAAUUAUUAUUUAAUGAUAAUGAACAUUUUUUUUUUUCUAAUUGGUUAAAAUAAUUUUAGUGUUAAGGUAAAAGACCCAAUACCCGCUCACUUUUUCGUGGGAGUGACAUUAAACGAUUGAAAAAUUAAAUGAAAAAUAAUUUGUUUUUACAGUUAUUUUUUGUAGGGUAAACGCACUAAUAGAUGGACGGUUAAGCAGACUCUCAUGUUUUCCAAUAAAAAUAAAGCAAUAAAAUAUGAAUAAGUUAUAAUAAAAUGAAUUAUACUUAUGCAAAAAUGUUUAAUUAACUAGAAAAAAAUAAACAAAACUUUGUAUGACGUAGUGGUUGAUUACAAAAAAGUAAAAUUUAAGAAAAAGUCCGAAACCCCUAGAUGGACGCUUCUUGCAAAUGAUAUUUUCAUCUUAUUAUGCAUAUAAAGAAUUAUUAAAUUUUUCUUAUAACAGCUUGUGUUUAAUACUAUUAAUUAAAAAACAAAUGUGAGAUAAUAAUUUUAAAAAUAUAUGUAGUAUUUUUAUUAUCAUCUUUAAAAAUUUCUCACUCUUACAUACUAGGUUAUGCAAAAUAUAUGAUAAUAUAUUACGUAAUAUUAGUUAAUGAUUUAUAAAUAUUUAUAAAUUAUUAAUUAUUUUACUUACAUUUUAUUUAUAUUUAAAAAUAAAUAAAUAAAUGAGUUUAUGUUAACAAACAAUUUCAUUUAAAUGUUAUGAAAAAAAAAAAAAAAUUGAAAAUUUACCAGAUAAAUCCAACGUCCAUCUAUUGGGUUAAGGUUAGAAAUUUGUCUCCGAUAGAUGGACGGCAAAUUUUCUUAAAUUUUUUUUAUUUUAUCAGUUAAUUAUUAAAUUUAUAAAAUUGUUAAUGAAAUACGAACAUAAUCAUAUGAACAUAUCUUAUUAUAUUAUUUAUUUAUAUGAGUAAUAACAAAUAUAGUUUAUCGGUUGUCUGUCACAUGCUUAGUAGAGGUGGCGCUUUUCAAGCAAAACGUCACGUCAAAUAAAAAUAAUUUUUUUUAUAAUUAUAACAUAUAUUAAAUUUUAAAAAAAUUAUUUUCUAGCAUCAGAAAUAUAUAUAGCUAAAAAAAAAUGUAUUAUGUUACAUUUUCAUUCCUAAAUUUUGUGUAAUUGAUUAUUAAAAUAAUAUUCGUCUAUCUAUUGGUAGAUGUCCAUCUAUCGGUGUAUUUACCCUAUUGCAGUAAAGAAUAUUGUGUUAAAAUCAACAUAAUUUGUAUGUUAAAAAUGGCCCACACAAUAUUUGUUAUUUUUUAACACAGAGUAUCUUUACUGAAUUUCAAAACGCUCUGCGCAGUUCUGAAAACAGUUAAUUUAAAUUUAAAUUUAUAAUGAAUUAUAAAAUACUUUGAUACGUCAUAUAUUAAUAUAUUUAUUGGCAAAUAAUUAUUUAUCAAUAUGAGCUAAAGUGAGCGACUGGGUACUGAUUAGGUCUAGGGUCUUUUUCUUUAAUUAAUUUCCUUUACUUGUGCAAUUUAAAAAAAAUUAAUAUCACUAAUUAAGACGUUUUUUUUUUUGUUACGAAAUAUUUUUCUAUUUCUUAAAAUUAUUUAGUAAUUUUCAAAUGUAAAUAGCACCAUAUACUUAAAUAAUAAUAAUAAUAAAUAUAUAAAUAACGUAAAUAAAUAUUAUUAUAAAUAUCAGCAAUAUCAAUCGAACAAGAAAAAAAAAUCACAUUCCAUCCUAACCUCUAUUCUGAUAAAUUUCUGUUUACAUUUAAAUUAAUACGAGUUACUUCUAUAAAUAAAUGUAUACUGUCAUUUUAAAACAUUUUUUCCUAUUUACUGUUUAAAAUCAUUUUGUCUACUAAGAACAAAAAAAUUCAGUUAUCAUAUCAUUUACCAUAAAAAUACAAAAAAGAUGUUUUUUUGCUUAUUUUCAUAAGCUUCUCUUAUAAUUACAAACAACUUGUUUUAAAAAAAGACUAAAAUAGUUGAACUUUAAGCUUCAUUAAACUCGAAAGGCAACAUCGGAAAUUUCUGGUAAAUUGCCGCUUUACGAUCAAGUGACAUAAAAGUCUAUUAUUUUAAAAUGCCUAAAUUGGACUUUUGUCUAAAAAAAUUCAGUUUUUAAGUUCUGAAGACUUUUUCAGACAAAAGUCGCAAAAAUUUCCAUCAGGGCUGUAUUAAAAAAAAAAAAUUAAAAUAAAAAUUUUACAAUAUUAUAAGAGACUAUAAAACUAUAAUUGGAGACAUAGAAUACACAGCAAAAAAUAUUGUGUUAAAAUCAACACAAUUUGUGUUAGACAUAAUCCAUACAAUAUUUGCAUUAUUUUUUAACACAGCCCCUGUGGAUCCGAAUUACGGUAUUUACAGUAUUUUGUCGCAAAAUACAGUAUUGCUAUGACAAUUUACUGCAGUUUUACCUAAAAACACUCAAUUGUCGCAAAUUUACGGUACAUAACCAUAGAUUAAUGGUGAAUAACCACAAUUUCCAAUAAAAAAAAUACCGAAUUUUAAUGUAGUUCGGAUUCGCCAGGAAAACAAUUUGUGUUAAAUUUAAAAACAAAACUUGUGUUGAAACUUCGACACAAAAUUAAGGUAACCCUAGCAUACUUGAUUUACCGUAAAUUUGUGGUAUUUUUACUGUAAAGCUACCGUAACAUUCGGAGGGAUUUAUCGUAAUUUACGGGAAAUGGGUAAAUUAUGGUGGAUUUACCGUACUUGACGAAUUUUUACUGUAGAAUACGGUAAAUCUACCGUAAAAAUUCGUGUAGAUUAUCGAGUUACCGUAAUUUACUGCGGAUUACCGUACAUUAGGGUAAAAUCACCGUAAAUUACGGCGAAUCCACAGUAAUUUACGGUAAAUCGGUGAUUUACGUAGGUUACCGUAAUUUGGGUCCGUUAGGGAAAACAGCAAGUAAAUUUAAUACUUUUUAAAUGUCAGUAGCUACAUUAAAAAGAUGUUAACUUUAUUAUUUUAUUUCUAUACCACGAAUAUUUAGUAAAUAUAUUAAUUUGAGGUUAUCAAUGGUAGCUACAAUUAUCAUUUAACAUUAAAUUAUUUUUGAUAGUAAACAAUGUUUUUAUUAGUUAUUUUAAAAAAAAGUCACUUAAUAGGGUACCGGUGGGUAAUAAGGCUUAGUUAAGGGACAUUUUGAAUAGAAUAAAAAAUAUUGCAUUUAAUUAUCGAAAUGUAUCAUUAAUCUUUAUUUCAAUACAUCAGCCAUAAAAUGUAGUGAAGUAAUGGUAAUUUUUACCAUAAACAAACAAAAAAUUAUGCUUUUACGAAAACCAUACGAAUAGGCCUUAUUUUACUGCGGUAGGGUAAUAAGGCCUACGGGUUAAACAAACUGGAAUAGUUUAACUAUACUUAAUAAAAUUUAUAUUAGAGAUAAAUCAUCACUUAAAUUUAGCAAAAAUACUUUUUAAGAAUCAGAAGACUAGAUUGUUUUUCAUAAUUUCUUCUGCGCUACGGCAUAUGACGGAUAAUGAAAUAUAGAAGACAGAGAACGUGGUAUCGGGACUCUAUAAAUUUGUCGUAACAUCUAUGCAAGACUCUUCUACUAGAGUAGCCUUUAGCGAAAGCGAUUAUUUUAAAUAUCAUUUCUGUCACUUAGGCUUUUUACCCAACAUGCCUUAUUACCCGCGAGUACCUCAUUAAUAAUUAAAAUUUUAAAUUCUUCCAUAAUUAUCAAUUGACUUUUCAACAAAAAUUUUGUGUUAAUUUUUAAGUAUGACUUAAUAAAUGUUAAUUAUUACAAUUUUUGUACUGAGUAACAUUUCUAAAGUGUUAAAUAGUAAAUAGAUUUAAAAUUUUGAAGAAAAAUGUCCACAUUUAACACAAAAAAAUUUAACACAGAAUAUUUUUUACUGUGUAAAUUUUUGUUUACUUUUUACUAAAUGAUUUUAAACAGUGAAAAAAAACUUUGCUGUAGAUUGACAGCCUAAUUUACACACAAUAAAUAUAUAUAUAUAUAUAUAUUUAUAUGUGUAUAUAUAUAAUAUACUAUUGUUAUUAAACUAAAAAAAAUCGUUACAAAAAUAAAUAAAAUCAUGUAAUUAAAAUUUAUCUGAAAAAUUAUCUUUAUAAAAAAAAAUAUGUAUUUUUUUUUUUAUAAUUAAAUUUAUGUAAUAAAAAAUUUGUCAGCAGUAUAACGAAUGAUAGUUUUAGAGUAUAAAUAAAAUAGAGUACGUUGAUAAUAUAUAUACUAAAAUAAACUCUCGUUUUAUUAUUAAUAUUCUUUUUAUUAUUAUUAUUAUAAAUUGUGGCUUUGACUGAAUGAUCUAGAUGUAGUUUGGACUCAAUUUCAAGUAAACAAAUUGUGGUUAUGGGUAUUAAUUAAAAAAUAAACAUUAACUAAAACUUUUUUUUUUAUAUUUAUAUUUAUAUAUAUUAUUUUAAUUAAUUUUAUAUUCAAAUUUAGUUUAAAUUUAGUACGAACGUAGACGAGAGUUUCUAGUUUUAUUUUUUAGUUUGAGUCAUUAAUCAUUGGUCCUUGAUAAUUAAUAAUUAAUAUAUUAACUACUGAUUAAAUAACUUGAAAAAAAAUAAUAAAUAAAUAUAUGAAUAAAUCUAAUAAAUAAUUGAUUAAUGUUUAUAUAUUUUUGAGCGAAUGUUUAUGAUUGUUAGUUGUUGGUUAUUGUUAUUGAAUCGAGUAUAAAGUAAAUGUUAAAAGCUUGCCGAAAAAUACAAAAUUUAAAUAAAUUAUUUGAAUUUAAUAAAAAUUACAUUUAUGUUUAAUUUAUCUGAAACUGUUUAAUUGUUAAUUUGUAAUUUUAAUGUUAAAUGAAAUUUUAAUGAGUAAAUUUUUGGAACUUGAUUUUUUUUCAAAUUCUUAUUAUGGAAUUUUGAGACGGAUAAAAUUUUUAUUUUAAUUGAGCGAAAAAUGGGCGCGAAAGUUAUGAAAAGUUUUGAAUUAUGCGUUAAUGAAAGUCAUAUAUUUAUAAAUAUAUAUGAUUAUGAAACAUAAAAAACAUAAAAAUAUAAUAUAAAAAAUUGAUGUAAAUUUUGAAGGUGCGCAGAAAAAAAGAAUUUCUUGGCGCGAGAAUAAUUUUGAAUUAAGAAAUGAAAAGAAAAAUUUUCUUGUGAAAACAAAAAUUUUCCAUUAUGAAAUGAAGGCGAAAAUUUUCUUAGGACUAGAAAAUUUGUUGGUUCAAGAAAUAUUUUCUAAUAUGAAAUGAAAACAGAAAUUUUCGGAGGACUAGAAAAUUUCUUGGUGUAAGAAAAAUGUUCGGAAAAAACUCGCACGUUUUUCAAAAAUUAUAAAAUUACAAUUUUAAAAAUAUUGCAAAAAAAAAAAAAAGAAAUUUGAAGCACUAAAUAGUACGAUAUAUUUAUAAUUGGAAUGUAUUUUAGUAAUAAAUUGAAAUUAAUUUUUUUUUUAUUUGAAUAAAUUGAGCGCCCAAAAAUAAUAAUUGUGUUUGAAAAUAACUGUAAGUAAUUUAAUUUUUAAAGGAUUCUAAAUAAAAUAUAUUACACAAAUGUUAGUACAAAAAUAUUUAAAGUUCAUAUUAUUGCAAGAGUAUAUUUUCGAUCAUUAAUAAUAACAUUAAUGAAAAAAAAUCAUUAUUGUAAUUAAUAAAAUAAUUUAAAAUGU